CCACUGUUACUCCCAGUUUCGGUUUUGAAAGUUGAUCAAAUGCGACGUACUGGCUACGUGUUGCUGUCAUACGUAUUUCUGCCGUUGAAGAGCAUCUGGUGAACAUGGUUGAUGAUGCUAUUUCAACUGUGAAUGUUUCCAAUGGUCAUAUGCAUGUCACAGAGUCUGCUGCAUCUCCUGAAUCAGAGCCUAUUGGAGAAAACAAUACAGUGAUCAGAAUUGGUGCAGAUGCACAUCAUCCAUCCAACAGGUUACACGAACAAAGAUUAUUUGGGUUACCUCUUUCCCCAUCAGUCAUUACUACAACAAGGGCAGAAAUACAACAGCCUCUACCAAGCUAUGAAGAAGCUAAUAAUCCUAAUGCUCCUCCACCGUCUUACGAUUCGCUUUUUGGGCGAGUAAAUGAAGUACGAAAGACUUCACGAGGUUUCGUCGAUUUCGUCAAAAAACUAUUUUUCUUCCUACUUGGAAAAAUUGGCCUUAUGAUAAUCAUUGGAAUCACUAUUCUAGUUCCUAUUUGUAUGCUUGUUGUUGGUUCGGUUUACUUUUAUGAUUGUCCAGCUGAAAAUUAUAUUCCAAUCUACUUGAUAGUAGGAGGUGCUUGCGGCUUAGUGAAGCAGUUUCUAUCCCUCAGAGUUCGUUCACAGCAAUCUCAAGAAGCCGACCUCGAAGUUCCUGAUAGCUCUUUGACAGCAUCCAUUCAGUCAUUAAUAAAUAGCUUUUUGAUUUGCUGGUUCGUUACGGGUUGUUACUGGGUGUAUCACAUUUAUGAACCCAACUACAGUGAUUGGUCAGAUCCAAACUAUUGUAGCCCUGUGUUGUUUUCAUUUGCUUUCUGGCUGUUGACUUCGACGUACAUUUUUGCUGGCGUCGCGGUAAUACUGCUUUGUUGCAUCAGCUGCACAGCCCUGUUUUUGACAAGAAAUAGAUAGUUAGUGAUUUACUCUAAGGACGACGCACAUAAGGACGAAAUGUAAAAAGGAAAACGUGCCAAAAAAAACGAACCUGCGUACUGAAAUGUAAAAGCAUUCUGCAUAUCAACAUUCCGUGAAACGUACAUCGAUUACACUUGCUGUUUUGACGCUCGUGAUCAAUACAUUUUCCCAUUUUUUUGUAUA